CACACUCACACAUACAUACCAUGGGGAACCAACAAGCCUCCUAUAGAUCCGGGGGAGGAGUGUGCAUCUUCAUGGGAACAAUAGGUGGGACAGUUGGUGGAGCUAGCGGUGGUGCCCUUCACACUUUCUUGGGUGCCACACUUCACACUUUCUUGGGUGCCACACUUGACCCUUCCCUGAGUGCCAGGGCUCCAGUCUUUGGGCAGGCAGCCAUAGCCUGUGCACUGGGGGCAACUGUUGGUUGGAGAAUCAGCAAAGGAUUCUUUCAAAAGAACAUACAAGAGGACGAUCGCACUGUAGGGGCAGUAGGGGGCGCUACAGGGGGCGUCAUUGGGGCACUGUUUGGCUUCAUGACGGGAGGAGUUGUUGGAGGUUUAACCGGAGGUGUGAUCAGCUUGGUGAAAUAUCAGAAGAACUGGUUGAAAGAACGCAUCCUCAGAUUGUAGAAGAAAUACAAGUUGCCUAUUAACCCUUAGAGUCCAAUUUACGUAAAGUAAAUCAAAAAGCACACCCAUUAUUCUCUGUUACAUUGCUCUGCAACUAUUAAUUGCAGUGAGACACGUUUAAUGCACAGAAGAGCAGAAGAGGGGCUUUCCAACAAGACUACGCACUUGUCUGUACGAUCAAGUAUGCAUAUUUUUUAUUUUUUUUUAAUGAUGAAGUUCAAUCACAUUGUAUCAUAUUGUCUAUAUUACUCUGAGUGCACCUACACACCCAUUGCACUUAUUUGAAUUACUUGCAAAACCCGCGAUUGCAUAGAUAUGGCACGCAUAUCAGUAUACGACAUGUCACAUACUUCUGUAAAUUGCUCAGCCCCAAAG